AUGAAGAAACAAAGCAAGAGCAGCAGCAAGUAUGUGCCACGACAAGCAUCAACAAAUAUUCAAACAAAACCACCACUUUAUCCUUCUCCAACUCCUCCCCCUCCAAAUUCAACCUGGUCUCCAUGGAUGGAUGGCUUUACCAAGGCAGAGUCUAAAGAUGAGAAAGAUAAGAUUGAUGCUUACAUAAACUACGCCCUCUAUGAUCCAAAGAAACACUUCGCAGUCCACGCUCCAACAAAGAUUAGACGAUUGCCAAUUUUUGAAAAGAUAGCCUUGUAA